GUAUCAGCAAGUACGCCGCCAAAGAAGAUGUUGAAGUUGAGCACUGGUGGUACUCUGGUUUCUCCUUCGUCCAAACCACUGCCAGCUAAAGAAGAUGCACAAUCCAAGAAGCCUGCAAGACGAGGAAGACCUAAGAAGGAGAAACAAAAGCUACUAGUCACACUGCGCUAUCCUCCGAACCAUGCUCUAGGACAUCAGAUAACACGUAUAAUGGAUGGCUCAGAGACUUUCAAAAUCUCGAAACCUCCAAUGGCUCCUCCACCAAAGCCAAAGGCACCCAAAAUCGAUCCUUCCAAACCGACACAUCCUUUCUUCUCGGGAAAACCAAAAGAGCCACGCUCGGCCCCCAGCAACUCUGUGAAGGGUCAAAUGGAUCCCAAGGUCAGCCACGUGCUCAGUCCACGAAGACCUUCAGCUGUGACCCCUGGCAAGCUACGGGCACAGGCACGAGAGAAUGGUUCGAAAAAUAUGGACAACUCUUCUGGCUUCCCGCAGUUUGGUGCGAACAAAGACAGAAACAUUAUCAAACAACCCGGCAUGGUUGAAGCUCCGUUUCCGUCAAAAGAUAAUGCUCACGUUCGCGGGGACUUUUACUACCACACAAGUCGACCACAGGGAGAUGCGUCCACCAUCAUACCUCGCUCAACGCGUAAAAUGAAAUACAAGAUACCACUUCUGGACCCGUCGGAGAGUACGUUGACCCGCGUGAAGAGCGACCUCGACUUUCAUCAAAAAGACACACCAAGGCCCGAUGGUUUCUAUGACCCUCCAUCUUCGUUACGAGUCCCCUCUCGCCAUCUUGUUCCUGGUUCAUUCGCUCAGGAGUGGAUCAGUAACGAGCUUCAUACUCAACCAUCAACGGACGAACUCCAGUUUGUGCCGGGGACCUAUCGCAAUUUGGUCCACCCAGCGUGCGAAAGCCUCUAUCAUGGAUUGCCAAACAUACUUACACCAUUCGAUCAUGGACGGUCAGAGAUACAAGCCUGGGCUCAGAAGUACUCACCCCAAUGUGCGAGCCAAGUCUUGCAGUUGGGAAGAGAGCCAACAUAUCUGAGAGAGUGGAUGAAGGCUCUCACUAUCAGUGCAGUCGAGACAGCUGGCUCACAAAAUCCCAAGCAUGACAAAGCAGAUCGCGAACGUGGGCCCAAGAAGAAACGGCGCAAGAAGGCUGCCGGCUUAGACGAUUUCAUUGUUAACGACGAUGAUAUCUACAACGACACCGAGGAACUUCUUGAGCUGGAUCCUCCAUCGCUUUCAUGUCGAAAAUCAAAACCAACCCUUGUGCGCAACACCGAUUUCAAGGACCCGUCUAAUCGCUCGAAGAUCGCCAAUUCUGUCAUCGUGAGUGGACCACCUGGCUGUGGAAAGACUGCUAUGGUCUAUGCUGCAGCAAAGGAGUUAGGCUUCGAGAUAUUCGAGAUCAAUCCCGGUUCGCGCCGGAGUGGUAAAGAUGUGCUCGACAGAAUUGGAGACAUGGUAGAGAAUCACCUGGUGCAGAAUCGCUCACUUGAUACUGGUAACACGUCUGCUGACGAAGAUGCCGGCCGACUGUCUGACGCCUUCAAUAAAGAUCUCGAAUCUGGUAGGCAAGGAACCAUGAAAUCUUUCUUCACAACCAAGCCGAAGUCGGCACCACAACCCAUAAAGGAAAAGAAACCAAAAAUCAAUGUCGACCAAGUACAGAAGGUCUUGUCAUCUUCGAAGCCAUCACGAGGACAAAAGCAAUCGCUGAUCUUGCUGGAAGAAGUUGAUAUCAUGUUUGAGGAAGACAAAAACUUCUGGACAACAGUCUUUACCUUGCUGCAGGGUUCAAAGCGUCCCGUUAUCAUGACCUGUAACGAUGAAGAUCUUGUACCUCUUCAGGCCAUCAACUACCAAGCACUUCUUCGUCUAUCUGCCCCAGCUGCGAGUGUUGCUACAGACUACAUGUUGUUGUUAGCAGCUCAAGAGGGUCAUUUACUUCGCCGAGAUGCAGUCUCGACACUAUACGAAGCAAAGCAUCAUGAUCUGCGUGCAAGUAUCGCAGAGCUGCAAUUAUGGUGUCAAAUGGGCGUUGGCGACCCUCGAGGCGGACUAAGCUGGAUCUAUCCAAGAUGGCCGGCUGGCAGUGGACUAGAUGAAAAUGGUCAACCUAUACGAGUCUUCAGUGAGAACAGCUAUAAAGCGGGCAUGGGUUUCGUUGCACAUGAAACAAACUUCUCCUUGGAAGGUACACAGGAUGAUGAAUUGCUCAAGGAGACUUGGGAAGGUUGGAAUAUCGACCCGCGCGAAGAACUGUUCGCUGGAGUCACAAGCACAUCUUCUGUUCUAGAGCAAUUGGAUCGACAGUCACGAAUAACCACAUUGAAGCAGUAUUCGGACUUAUCUGACAGCCUUAGCGACAUGGAUGUGUUCUGUGCGAUCGGUCUCCCUGGCAAAGAGAAUCACAAAACUGAUGCGACUCAGCCUGAGCUACCUCCUAAAGCUCGCGCGAAAUACAUCAAUGGCAUGGCGCUGCUUCAGACACCGGAGAUCGUUGACUACAGUACUCUUGACACUCAACUCGCGGUUUCUGGUUCGCGUCUCGCGCGCAUGGUCUUCUCGGAUCUUGUGAAUCCUCUUUCAUCAAGUCCAGUACGACGUGUGGUUGAGACACACUCUCCAAACAACAGAAGAUCUCAACUCAGUCGUGGAGAUAUUUCAGCAGCCUUCGACUCAAUAGCCACCAUGAUGACCACCCCAACAAGCGGUCCAGCGAGUCUGGCUUACUCAGUGUUCGAUGGUCCUCUACAGACCGUGGUCACCGAUGUCGCACCAUAUGUUCGCAGCAUUGCCGCCUACGAUCUUGCUCUGGAAACACACCGAGACAAGCUGCAAGGUAGCAGCCAGGGAUCAACAAGCGGUGGCGCGGGAAAUAAACGAGCUCGGACAACACGGGCUGCUCGUAGCGCAUUAGAAGGUGGUCAGCGCCAACUUACUCGACGAGAACGCUGGUUCGAUCCAGCCUUUGAUCUUGAGCUUGCUAUGCGGACUGCCGGCAACUGGCCUCGCGUUGAA